AUGGCUCCUUACGUGUCGAGUUUUCCUCGGGCGGCGUAUGUUAACUACCGGGAUCUCGAUAUUGGAGUUAACGGCGGCGAAGGUCCUGGGAGCUACGCUCGGUCAAGCAUUUGGGGAAGGAAGUAUUUCAAGAACAAUUUCGACCGGCUUGUUCGGGUGAAAACCGCGGUUGACCCGGAAAAUUUCUUCAGGAAUGAACAGACUUACGUUGAUAACGAUCACGAUGUUUUUCUCGAGUGCCUUGAAAAUUUCCACGACUCGAUUUCCAGCGUGACUUACACUCGAAACAACUCAUCCUACUUGUCCAUUCUCCGAUUUUCCAUCCAAAAUCUUAGAUUCACUUCGCGCUCCACACCACAACAACGUGUGAUCAUAACCCCCGAGCACGAGUCCCAAGUCCCGCCCGUCAUCCGUUGCGCCAAGAAAGAAGGCAUCGAGAUCCGAACCCGAAGCGCGGGCGUAUCUCAAAACCCUAAUUUCAAAAUGGCCGAACGAAGCUCGACCCUCGGUUUUCCCGCUGGCAUUUGCCCGAGUGUCGGCGUCGGCGGGCAUUUCAGCGGAGGCGGCUACGGCAACAUGAUACGAAAACACGGCUUGGCGGCCGACAACGUAAUCGACGCAAGAAUAGUGGAUGCGAAUGGUCGAAUUCUCGACCGACGCUCGAUGGGCGAGGAUCUUUUUUGGGCCAUUCGUGGUGGCGGGGGCGCGAGUUUUGGUGUGAUCCUCGCGUGGAAAGUACGCCUCGUGGAGGUCCCCGAACGAGUCACCGUCUUCACGAUCGGGCGAACUCUUGAGAAGAACGUGACUCGGCUCGUGCAACGAUGGCAGAGCGUCGCCAAUGCAAUCGACCGAGAUUUGUUCAUCCGAGUAUUUAUCGAAAGGGAUCAAUCGGGUCGGAAUUUCACGAUCCGCGCUUGGUUCAAUUCGAUUUUCUUCGGAGGCACCGAGAGGUUGAUUUCGAUGAUGCAAGAAAAAUUCUCCGAGCUAGGGUUGACGAGGGAAGAUUGCACCGAGAUGAGCUGGAUCGAGUCUGUGCUUUACUUCGCGGGCAUUCCGAUAGAAUCGCGCGAGGCUCUACUCGAUCGGGCUCAACCCAAAGUAAGAUACUUCAAGGGAAAAUCGGACUACGUUCAGAGGCCUGUCCUGAUACAGGGGAUCGAGGGCCUUUUGAGACUAUUUUACGAGCCCGAAGGGGAGAAGGCAAGCAUCAUCGUGGUGCCGUACGCUGGGGCGAUGGACGAGUUUUCCGAGUCGUGGACUCCGUUUCCGCAUAGGGUCGGGAAUUUGUACAGUCUACAUUACGCCGUGUAUUGGGGAGAACACGACACGGAAAAUGCAGGUCGGUACAUCGACUGGAUCACGAGGCUUUACGAUUAUAUGGCUCCAUACGUUUCGAGCUCGCCAAGAAGGGCAUGUUCUUACGAAUUCACUCCUGCGCUUCGGGUUGAUUUUGGUCACGAAGUAAGGGUUAGUCGGGUGGGGAGCCAAUCCGGACAGGAAAAUCUCCGAGCCAUAGAUGUCGGGAAGUACUCUCCUCUUGCGUUGACUCUGCUUUCCAACCGAAUCAGCUGCAUUUAA